GCGGGGCUGCGCGGGGAGGGGGCCGCGGCGCCGCCCCCGCCUCCUCCCCUCCCCUCCCCUCGCCCGGCUCGGGCAGCGGUGGGCGGGCGGCAUGAGCGCGGCGCCCUGAGGGACCGGCGGAGCCCCGAGGGACCGGCGGAGCGCGGCUGCCCCCGAGCAGCCUCCCCUGGGAGCCGCGGCGGCGGAUCGCACUCGGCUGGGACCUGCCAUGACUCCCCUGGCUCCUCCCAUGGCAUGAGCCCGAGCUCUCCUCCCCGCUCCGCCUGCUUUUGGUCUCUCCGCGCUCCCGGGCUGUCAGAUGGGAUAGGACACACCCGGGCGUGCGGGGCUCGGGGCAGCGGCGGAGGCAACCGGUGACGGCCGUCGGCUCGCAGGGAGUCGAAGAUGAGCUGGCGGUGGGCUCGCCAGCACUGGAACGGCGGCUCCUCCGUGCUGCUGCUGCUGCCGCUGCUGCUGUGGCACGGCCGGGUCCGGCCGGCCGGCGCCGACAACGCCAGCCAGGCGUACUACACCGCGCUCAUCAACGUGACCGUGCUGAGCCCCGAGCGCGGCGGGCCCACGCUGCUGCGGAUCGACCGCGGCCGCUACGGGCAGGACUCCCCCAAGGUGGAGGUCAAGGGGCUGCUGGUGGCUCCCGUCCCCAUCAACGGAGUUGCAGAUCGUCUGGGCUGCGACCCUCGAACACGUUUCCAAGUUCCACCAAACACCAAGCAGUGGAUUGCUCUACUACAGCGAGGAAACUGUACAUUUAAAGAGAAAAUACUGCGAGCAGCUUCACAUAAUGCCACAGCUGUGGUCAUUUACAACAAUAUAUCCAGUGACGAACCCGUCACCAUGACUCAUCAAGGAACUGGAGACAUUGUUGCUGUGAUGAUUACAGAGUCGAAGGUUAAGGAGAUCCUGAAUUACUUGGAAAAGAAUAUCUCUGUCCUGAUGGGAAUUGCAGUGGGGUCCCGUGUUCCUCCGAAAAACUUCAGUCGGGGCUCUCUAGUCUUUGUGUCAAUAUCAUUCAUUGUUUUGAUGAUAAUUUCUUCAGCGUGGUUAAUAUUUUACUUCAUCCAGAAGAUCAGGUACACAAGUGCACGUGACAGAAAUCAGCGUCGUCUUGGAGAUGCUGCCAAGAAAGCCAUUGGUAAAUUGACAACCAGGACAGUAAAGAAAGGUGAUAAGGAAACAGACCCAGACUUUGAUCACUGUGCUGUCUGCAUUGAGAGUUACAAGCAGAACGAUGUUGUUCGCAUUUUGCCAUGCAAGCACGUGUUCCACAAAGUCUGUGUGGAUCCAUGGCUCAGUGAGCACUGUACAUGUCCAAUGUGUAAACUGAACAUUUUGAAGGCACUGGGAAUUGUGCCAAACGUGCCAUGCACGGACAACGUAGCCUUUGACAUGGAGAGGCUCACCCGGGGGCAGCCGGCCAGCCGGCGCUCGGCGCUCGGUGACUUCGCCACCGACAGCUCCCUCAGCCUGGAGCCCCUGCGCACCUCUGGCAUGUCCCAGCUGCCACAGGACGGAGAGCUGACACCGAGGUCAGGAGAGAUCAACAUCGCAGUGACAAAAGAAUGGUUUAUUAUUGCCAGUUUUGGCCUCCUCAGUGCCCUUACACUCUGCUACAUGAUCAUCAAAGCCACAGCUAGCUUGAAUGCUAAUGAGCGGUCACUUCUUCCAUCGUAACUCUCUGUCCCCUCGAAGCCUGGUCUACGAGAGCGAGUUCUCAACCAUCGAGCCUGCCUUGGACAUGUAUGACGAGAACAAAACCUGAAAGGAAUCCAUGCUCCUUCCUGGCCCUUUUUCCGUUCUUUUCAUUUCUCAUUCCUAUUGUUGUGUACUCUUUCCAUGGAUCUCCUUUGUCUGAAGAAGAGCUGCUUUUUCCAGAACACGAACCCGCCUUCUCGACUGCACCGACGAAGACCAGCUGUGGUGGUUUCUGAGGUGGCACCUCUGAGCUGACAAAGAGCUGCGUGCAAGCAAGGUUGUCUGAUGGAAAUUGCUGAGUAACAGCAUGGGGAGCUGUGUCGGUCCAGCCGCGGCGACGCAGGAGAGGUUUUACGGUGGUCCUAAGAGAUUGUGUCGUGCUGCAAAUGCGUCUCGUAACACAGGCGUCCGCUGUUUCCAGUUGUUCAGUUGUCCACGUGGCUGGGCAAUGUCAGAAAGGGAACUGGUUGUAGAGGAGAUGGCCAGUGACUGGUAAAAGCACUCGUAUAUCUUGGUCAAUCCAUAACCUUACUGUGAAGUAGCCCCUUCCGAGAGGGACCUUUAUAAGUGCAUUGAGUUUCCUACAACCCACCUAACCCCUGACAAUGGCGAGCCAGCCUGACGUUCAAGCUGCAGAGAGGACCUGCGUUUGCAGAAAGAUUUCAAGGAACUUGAUGCUUGGUUUGUUUUUUUUUCUCCGGUUUGAUUGAAGCAGGAGAAAAAUGGUGUACACAGAAUAUACUUUUGGUCCUUCGUGUGCUCAAGUCAAGUGAGUCUCUUUCUUGUGGAGAGGACAUUCACAGAACCAGCACUUGAUCUACCUGAAAACCAUUAGACUUUUUGAAAUAUGCAGGAAUCGAAUUAGCUUUCUUUCUCACUUAACUUUUUUUUUUUGGGGGAGGGGGGGGAGGUGGGGGGGUAAAAAAAAUCCACCAAAUUUUUCACUGAGGUUUUUUAAAAGCCAGCAUGUUGGCAUUACGCAGAGAAGGAAAGAGGUAAGCUUCUUAUCCCAUUCUCCCGUUGAGAUCCGCAACAGUAAUUUAACAAACACAUUCUCUGAGCUGUGCCCUUUCCCACUGACAUCAAUAACGGGAAUGCAGAAAGCAGGAGAAGAAAGGAAAGCAGCUACUGCCUUGACACGCUGCAGGAAAAAUCAAUUUUUACCAGCAUGUGACAAAAGUGGUGGGGAAAUGGAUAUGGUUUGCAAGCUUCUGAGAGAACAGUGCAGAAGUGGAGAGCGAGUGUAACCUCUGGAGCUAAAAGUCAUCCACAGCGUUCCUCUAAAGAGCCGACGUGGAGGAGCGAGCGCUUCUGCGCCUCCUUUUCCUACCGGACAACGCAUAGCUGUUAAUGAAUGUUUGGAUUUUUCUCCAUUGCAGUCUAAGUUACUGUAGGUGUAGAAAUGCAUUUGUGUCCUUGUAAUAUGAAACACAGUUUCACCCUCUGUAUAGGAAUCUCGAGAAAUCAGUUAAGCCAAAAAGAAAGGUAAGACAUACUCUGCCGUGCUUUAAUUUCACCUGCUUUUGCUACAAGCAGGGGAAUUUCCUCUCCUUUAUAAUGUUUUUAAUUGUAUAGCGGUCUACUUAACAUAUAUCCUUUCCUGAGGUGUGGUUCAGCUGUGUCUUUAACAUGGAUGUUCAAGAGAAAAAAGAAAAACCCAGCUCUGUAAAAUGAGGAAAUGAUCCUCUUCGCCGAGCGUGCUUUGACUUUUGUUGCUGUGCGUCAGCUUUAUUUAAUCUGAUAAUUCGAGAGUGGGUGGUGUGAAGUGUAGGGAGGUUUUUCUCAUAAUACCCACAUUUAUAUUUACCGAAUGCACUUUUAUUGUCAUUCAGCUCACUCCAGAAAUGUGCUGAGGCCCCAGACUUCUUAAGAGCACAAUUUUGACACCCACUUUCUCCUGCGAAGCAGAAGUGAAGGUCACAGAAAACGCCAGCAGCGGCUUGAGCAGCAGCGGGUCGUGGUCAGGAUCCUUCCUGUGCUGGCAGAUGUGCAAGAGGGGCAGUGACACAGCUCCUGGCAGGCAAGCCCGGGCAGAGCUCCCCAGCCUGGCCUGGCUGAGCUGUGCUCAGGCCCGUACAGGGCUCGGGGGCGGCAGAAGGGCUGAUUGAGCAACCCCCUGUUUUCGUAAUUACAUCUGCGAGAUCACAGCAGGAAAACACGUGAGAGCGGGCACCUUCCGAAAACAAACGCCUGAGAGAAAAGUCACCAGCUCUCAAGGAUGUUAUAUGGCUUGUUUUUAUCUGUGGAGGGCAGUCAGGG